UUUCUCAUCUUCAAAAUCUCCUUUUCCCAGGUCUCUCUCUCUUCUUCUCAUCCACUCUUUGAUCUAGAAUCAUGGAAUGGAGUGGCAACCAGACUCUCAUCACUCACUUUAUCCUUCUGGGUCUCUUCACUCAAACUCCUCUUCACUUCUUCCUCUUCUCCAUCAUUAUAAUCAUGUUCCUGGUGGCAUUGACUGGUAAUGGCCUCAUGAUCCUUCUCAUCAACAUUCAUUCACGGCUCCACAGCCCAAUGUACUUUUUCCUCAGUUGGCUCUCAUUAAUGGACCUCAUGCUCAUCUCCACCAUUGUACCUCAGAUGGCUGUGAAUUUCCUAUCAGGCAAGGGGUAUAUCACCUUUACAGGGUGUGGCUUACAGAUUCUCUUCUUCCUUACACUCCUGGGGGAUGAGUGCUUCCUGCUGGCCUUCAUGGCCUAUGACCGCUUUGUGGCCAUCAGCAAUCCAUUGAGAUAUUCAGUGAUCAUGAACAAACGUGUCUGUUGGAUAAUGGUGGCAUUUUCUUGGCUCUUUGGUCUGGUAGAUGGAUUAAUCCAAGCUGUCUUUACUCUCCACUUUCCCUACUGUGGCUCAAACAAGAUCGAUCAUUUCUUCUGUGAUGUACCUGCUGUUCUCAAGUUGGCUUGUGCUGAUACUUCUCUCUAUGAAUCCAUGAUCUAUGUUUGCUGUGUCCUAAUGCUGCUUUUGCCUUUCUCUGUUAUUUCUGCCUCUUACUUACGGAUCCUAGUGGCAGUUCUCCGAAUGCAUUCAACUGAGGGGAGACAAAAGGCAUUUGCCACUUGCUCCUCCCACAUGACUGUGGUUACCCUUUUCUAUGGGGCAGCCAUGAUCACAUACAUAAGGCCCCAGGCAUACCACUCUUUCAAACAAGAUAAAGUAGUUUCUGCUUUCUAUACUAUGAUCACACCCAUGCUCAACCCUAUUAUUUACAGCCUAAGGAACAAGGAAGUAACUGGGGCCCUUAAGAAGCUGUUGGGAAGGUGUAGCUAUGGCAGAGCUCAAAACAAUAAUUGA